AUGAGUUUUAAAAAAUCUGCCGCGAAAGAUCGGUUUCCUCUUGGCGAAUUGGCUCAAGAACGAAAAAAGUUGAGAGAAGAUUGUGUUGCAAAAAAUGCUACGAUUGUUCAGUUAAGAAAUGACCUAAAACAAGUCGAUAAAGAUAUAGAGAGAACAACAAAAAGGGUAUGUAGUAAACAAAUGUAGUGUAUUUAUAAUUAAAUGUCAAGGCGUCGAUGAAUGACAUUUGCACAAACCCAAGAAGCACAUGAAUUUUUAUUUAGUAUUUAUUACUAUUCAUUAAGUAUUUUACUCUUACAUUUACUGGACUAUGUUAGCCAAGAUAGACGAUAGUCCCUUGAGAAUAAUGGGUUUAAAUGCACCCCAAGCAGAAUUGGGCUAUUACAUUUAAUAUCCGUACCCCCCCUGUCGAGGACCUCAUUUUCCAAGGGGGAAAUUAGUCAUUUUUUCCAGAGGGGUAAUUGGGAAAAAUGGAAGAAAAAUGCUCUUUCCAGAGGGGUUAAAAAGCAAAAAUGCACUUCCAGAGGGGGUUCAAGUCUCUUCCAGAGGGGUCAAUUACACAGAUUUUCUUGCAUUCCAGAGGGGUAAAAGUCCCCAAAAGCAGAGGUCCUCGACAGGGGGGGUUUGGUUUUUUAAUGUAAUAGCCCAUUAUUAAUAUCCCCCAUGGCAUGUCUUGUUAAUAUUUGUUACCAUUAUUAAAACAGAAAUAUGCCCUACUAUAUUUAAUGCCAUAUUAUCAUAUCUAAUGCUAACAAAGGGAGACUCUUAGGCUUUAUCUGAUUUGUAAUCAAAGGCGAUAUCACUUUAUACCUGAUAGGUCACACCCACCCUGCCUGAAAGUUGUAAUAAGAUUGUCUCACUAUUUAGUGAAGAUAUCAGGCCCGGUCUAUUCAGUGCAUCUUUGCAGACACAGGACAAAUAAAUAAGUUACUACUUUGCAUUCCUAUGUAUGGUACUAAAUGAUACUAACUGUUACAGCUUAAGCGUCGUAAAGAAAAGCUUACAUCACUACUUGAGAAUGAUGACGAAACUGGAACAAGGUUACCAUCCAAGAGAAAGAUGACAUUUCGACAAAAGACUCCCUCAGAGGUAAAUGUAGAGAAUUCAGAUACCUUUCAAGCCUCCUUAUCUGAGACGUCAAGUCGAAGAAGACAGAAGGAAACUUUGAAUGCAUGCAAAGAAAUACAUGGUGAUCAGAAAGGUAAAAAGUCAUCAGCCCUUGCUGGAAUGUGGGUAACAUUGGUAAACAAAUCAUCAACUGAUACACUUAAAGAUUUUCUUUCAAAUUCUGAAACAGUGAAUAAAAAGAUUAUGCCUUCAAUAGUAAAAUCGGAGACAGAACUGUAUCAAAGUGGUAAUGAUAAUAUUUGCCGUAGCCUCAAAAUUCUGUAUGAGGGAGGUCUUUUGACGAAAGAAAAGUACAAGUCUGUAUGUAGAAAUAUUUUAGCCAUUGUACCAAAUUCUAGCAAU